GGGGGCACUAACAGAAGUGCUUUUCCUUAGCGAAUUUUUUUAAAUCUUGGAAGUCCGAGCGGGCAAUUAAAAACGCGUGCAGGCCAAUUUCCGGAGGACUGAGAUUGCGACGAACAACCAGGAAGCGGCCCGGCUGGGAGCUGUCCCCGGUUCUCCGCUCUCCUGUGGAGGCCGCCUCCGGGGUCCUUACACCGUGUUCCUCUGUCCCGCGUGGCCUCUGCCACGACCUGGGCCUCGGCCCGGGCCGAUCACUCCGGAGCCGCCAUGUCAUCCGAUUUCGAAGGCUACGAGCAGGACUUCGCGGUGCUCACGGCAGAGAUCACCAGCAAGAUUGCAAGGGUCCCUCGACUCCCUCCUGAUGAGAAGAAGCAGAUGGUUGGCCACGUGGAGAAACAGCUCGAAGAAGCGAAAGAAUUGCUUGAACAGAUGGAUCUGGAAGUCCGAGAGAUCCCACCCCAAAGUCGAGGAAUGUACAGCAACAGGAUGCGAAGCUACAAGCAAGAAAUGGGCAAGCUUGAAACAGAUUUUAAAAGGUCACGGAUCGCCUACAGUGACGAAGUACGGAAUGAGCUCCUAGGGGAUGAUGGGAAUUCCUCAGAGAACCAGUUGAUAAAAUUACGUGAAGAGAGGGCACAUCUGCUCGAUAACACAGAGAGGCUGGAAAGGUCAUCUCGGAGACUAGAGGCUGGAUACCAAAUAGCAGUGGAAACCGAGCAAAUUGGCCAGGAGAUGUUGGAAAACCUCAGUCACGACAGAGAAAAGAUACAGCGAGCACGUGAACGACUUCGAGAAACAGAUGCUAACUUGGGGAAAAGCUCCAGGGUCCUGACGGGGAUGUUGCGAAGCACCGUGGUCCCGUUCUGGUGUUCUGAAUCUCCCCCUGUAACCGGUUGCAUCCAGGCCAGCCUGUCCCAGAAGGGCCUUCCCCAGCGAACACUCUCAGCCUAUGAGACACAGUCGUCUCUAUGACUGGAAAAGCAGUCUGAGGAGGGUAAACCACACUCAGACCUAGUCUUGGGGCAUAACAGGGUUUUAUAAGAGUCAAAAUGGAGACAGGUAAUAUUAUGAACUCUCUAGACCUUUACCUCUGUUUAGAAUAGGCCACUGUUUUCCAUGCUGUGUUGCAUUUCUGCUCAAAUACCCCUGUCACCGCUCUGUGCCCUUUCCCUGCUCUUUCUUCAUAGCACAUGUCACUACUGGGAAUUAUAUUAUGUAUCUGUUUGUUCAUUGUCAUCUCCUCCCAGAGGAUAUAAGCCCAACAAGAACAGCAACCUAGUGUUGUUUGCUUCCAUAAACCCAGCAUCGGCAAGAGGGCUUGGCACAUAGUAGGUGCUUAAUAAAUAUUUAUCAAUGGAAAGAUCAGCCACUUAUGUUUCUUCUGAGAGAGGCAGCUUUUACUUUAACUCAGUUUUUUCCCCAAAAGAGCAAAUUUAAGAACAUGGUUUUACUGUUCUUAUUGCUUGAGAUGAGGUGAUUUUUUUUUCUUUAAAAGGACAAUUUAGAGUUGAUCUAAAGAAAACAUUUAAGUAAAUACUAGCUCAGGUGAUGCUCAGGUAUGGUAAAGUCAGGAAAACGGUAUCUGAGUGUCUAGAAAACACAGUGAGUUCAGAAAACCCUGAUCUCACAAAAUCCACCAUUAUAUUAGUGGAUAACCUUCAUGUGAAUAAAAAUUGCAGUGGUCUACACAAUUCAUCUUGAAAUAAUUAUGAGCCAGCCUUUUCAAUCUCACAUGAUGUGCACCGUGUUCAUGGUUCUCUUCGAAUUAUUUUUGGCUCUGGGAGUUAUAAGUAAUGUGCAUAAAAUUAAAACCAAAACUUAUCCACAUUUGAGCCCAAAUAUUUCCUCUUUUAAGCUGUUCCCGUAACUUUGAAGUCAGGGUUAAACCACAGGCUUAUGUUUUCUUAUAACAAUUUUUUUAAAUAUUUGGGUCCAGUGAUACCUGCUAACUGGGCUCAGGAACAUUCAAGAACAAAUUGUGCCAUAUUAUUUAAGUUCUUCCUCAUCUUACAAAAAUGAAAUAUCACAAAUUACUGAAUUUUAAUAUCUCCUGAAUCUCCGAGCCAAAAAAGAAGGAAGAUGAAACUAAUGACUAAUUUAAACACUAAAAAAAACAAAGAAAGAAAGAAAGAAAGAAAGAAAGAAAGAAAGAAAGAAAGAAAGAAAGAAGAGGAAAGAAAAGAGAAAAGAAAGAGGGCAGGAGAUAGGAGAGAGAGCCAAGUGAGCCAAGAUUGCUUACCUAUUAUGAUGAUGGUUAUUAAAAUCACAGUUUUAUGGGGGGGGAGGAAGAAUAUGCUUUUGUGGUGCCAGGUUUGAGGGAUCCUCUUUGUUAAAACCUUUAUCAAUGAAGUUUAAAAACUGAGACUAGUUUCUUUUGGGAAGCCUUUUAGUUGGGGGGAGUAGGGCAGGUGACUGGACAGGGAACAAUAAAUGGGAGGGGUGGAACCAUGCUGUUAAUAAAAAUAUAGUUUUCGUAUGUUUGAAUAAAGGCGGCUCAUGCUCUCCUUGUAGACCUGCAGUCAGUGAGCCUGUGCACCUCCUUUUUCCUGCCAGAUAUUUGUUCCUGGCUGGAAGACAUUUUAAGAUAUUUAUUUGAUGACACACACCUGCUGGGUAGAUGAAAAGCAACCGCUCCCGAGGAUGACCUACUUCAAGGGCGCAGUAAGCUUCUGAGGACUUUGGCAGGUUGUCCUUAAAUCAUUUGAGUGCAUCUUGACAUCACCUGUUGAACAUGUCUAAGGCUCGUGCAUUUUCCAGACUCGUUGGAGACAGAGUUGCUAACCCCAGAAAAGAGAUGACUGAGUCAGUCAUGACUUUGUAAAAGUGUACUCACACAGGGAAGAUGCACUGCUUUACCAAGCCAACCCCAAGUAUGUGAACUGCCAUUCUUGGUGCUCGGGAUAGAAACCGGCCACUGUGGAGUGGACCAUCUAGAAAGUGGACCUAGGAGGAAUACACGCAAGUAUGGUCCAAGAUUGAAGGUACGGAGAAUGAGGGUGGAAGAUGAGAGAAAAUGCCACGAACGAAAUUCUGAUGCAGUGUUCUCCUAGGAAUUUACCAGACAGAGGUUUCCAAAUGAGAUCAGGGCAGAGCAUGGGAUGUUUGAAAUACAUUAGGGACAUUGUCACCAAAGGAGUCCUUUGAAGCCAACUUACCUUUACCUGUUCAUUUCCACACGCGUGUACUGAGCACCAGCUGCUGUGAGCAAGGGAGGCCUUAGAUAGUAAAGAUACAAAUGUAAAGAAUUUGUAUCUCCUUGUCAAUAUACACAAUCUAGUGAGAAAACACACCUUAACAAGAACUGUUUUCAUAAACUUUAACAUGAUGUAACAAUAAGUGUACACAAAGAGUUCUUGGCCCUGUUGGACUUCCUGGGGUUGGUGAUGCCCGGCCUGAGUUCUGAAGAGUACAUGUGAGUUAGCCAAAUAAAAGAAAAGAGGGACAUGGAGGCGUUAAAAUAUAUGUUGUGCUUGGGAACUGCAGACUGUACAGUUUUACUCCAGCAUGAAAAGCAAAGCAGGAUCAGUGGUUGUACCAGUGGGUGUCUUAGAGGGGCUGUAGCUUCCCUGCCCAUCACAGCCAGGACCACCCCAAGCAAACAGUCAGAGGACUGUGCUUGCUGCAUAAAUGCAGCUCAAGGCAAGUUUCCUCGCACCCCUGCUGCCCUUCCUGUGUGUGGGAAUCUAGAGCUUUCACUGUGGGGACGUUGACCCACUGCGCAGGAGUUCUAAGCUCUGAAUCAGGACUGAACUGGGGCUUGCCUUGUUGAUUUACAAGGAGUCUUUCUCUGUUACUUUUAGCUAGAAGUCAUGGUUUAAAAGACUUGACUUCAUACGCGCCCUCUGCGUUAUUUAGGAUAGGAGUCUUCAUUCAGGUUUCGUUUCCUCUUCUUCCAGUUGUCUACUGCUGUGUAAGUAACCACGCCAAAACGUAGUGGCUUAGGACAACAGUAACGAGCCAUAACUUCGUUAUCACUCACAAUUUCUGUGGGUUGGGAAAUGAGGAACAGCUUGGCUGGGUGUCCUGACUCCAAGUCUCCUAUGAGAUUGUCUUCAGACAGAGCCUAGAGCGGAAACACUUGGGAAGAGACAAGAUCCCGUAGCAGCUAGGGACUGCCUGGGCCCUUCAUUGCUUCGUGGUCUCAAGGCCUUUCCAGGUCGUCUCUCUGCAGGAGCUAGUCUGGGCUUCCUUACAGCAUGGCGGCCUCCGGCUUGGUGCCACAGGGCCCCAAAGAUGCGUUCCAAGAGCAAGAUUGGCAGAAGCUGCAUGGCUUUUUCUAACCUAGCCUAGGAAGUCAUACAGUGUCACCGCUGGGACAUUCUAAUCGUGAAGACAGUCACAGGGACCCACCACAUUUCAGCGGGGUGAGACCCAGACUCUAUCCCUUGAUGUGGGGAGGGCAAGGCUGUGGAAAACCAGUGGGAUGGGAAGUACUGUUGCAGCCCAUUUUAGAAAAUACAUCGUGUGCCACACCCUUCAAGAAUUUCUCCCUCUACUCACAUAAUCCUUUACCUGAAUAUUAAUGUGCUCCUUGUUGUGUUUCCUGCUCCCUUCCUACACCAUAAUCUAAGGCUUCAGUGCACACACACACACACACACACACACACACACACCAAAAAACUUCCAAUUCCUGAAGGAGAGUCAAUCACCCUGGUGUGCAAUGUUCCCCUUAGGAUGAUACCACUUUAUAAGCAUAUAUCCUGUCACCCCAUUUCAGGGGAGUCGUACUUCGAUCAGGCACUGUUAAAGCCAAAUAUGGCUCAGAUCUUUAACUGAGAUGCCUCUUUUCAUCUAACCAAAGCAGACUAGAGACUCAGGAGUGAAUGAUUUGAAAUCUCUCCUUUUAUUUGCCAUGCACUCGGACGAUUGAUGGUGCUCUCGUAACAAGUUUAAUCAGUGGCAUUUUGUGGAGUACUGCAUAUUUCAGGGAGUGAAAAAAGAAAAAAGUAAAAAAAAAAAAAAAAAAAGGUCCAGACGUUGGACUCCAGGAAGUUUAAAAAUGGAAGCAUUAGCAUGUUCUUGGUAGGAAAUCUUCUGAUGUAAAGUUAAACUAUUGAUGUAAAUUUUACAUUUUUAAAUAAGUACUAUUGCAAGUGUGCUAUCUUUAAUGAGGACCUUAAUUCCACUUUUUACACAUAUAUAGUGAACAGAAGUUGGGUUCUUCAAAUAUUUUCUGUUAAAAAUGUAUGAUACAUAAGCAGUGGAUCGGAGGGUUUUUUUCGCUCUUGGAUAACCUAGAAAAAAACAUAGCUCUAUUUUAAAAUUCCUUCCAGUUCAAGAGUUAUCCAAAGCAAAUAGUGUUGACCAAGGUGUUGAAUGCACCUAAUGCUACCCUUUCAUAAAGCUAAGUAAUCAGGAAUAAUGCUGAAAAUAAGAAGCCAGUCAUUUAUUUACUCUAUUUGGCAUUGUUAGUACUAAUAAUGCAUUUCAACACUGUGGAAUUGCUAGAUAAUGCUUUUGUGACUUUUAUGCAGCUUAUUGUUAUUUAAAUGAACAGUCGACUGCACUGUAAUGAAGAAAUGCAUGCUUUUCCCAACUCAGUUAUCAACCAGGAUUCUAGGAAAAUGAGAAUUUGUGUCUGCCUUCAUUCACGAAGCAAACUGGAGGUCACUGUUUUCAAUAUGAACCUUUUUUUAGCUUUUCAACAGUGAAUAAUUAGGAGCCGCUGCUUCUGAAAUUACCUGUAUUCACUGUAGAGAAGGAAAGACUUUUAUCUUCCACGAUGAAAUACAUUUUCUCAUUCAAACUUUGUCAUUCUUUUUUUAAAUGGCAUUUUACACCGCUGAGUCAAUCCUAGGAAGUGAAAUAAAAGAAAUAUACUUUUUGUGCCACAAUAGCCUGUUUAUUCAAUUUUACUUCCUUAAAUUUCAGCUCCUCCUUGAAAAAUGAUCCAAAUGCAAAAAUGGGUUUAAAGCAGUCGAACAUAUAAAGCAAUUAUCCACAUAAAAUAGUUUUACACAAACACACGUGUUCUUUGCACUUCGAUUUAAAUUGAGGUGAUCCUUGGUCCUGGUAACUUAAUGAUGAUGUGCUUCUAUUGAGUGUUUUUAACAGCUUUAUUGAGAUAUAAUUUACAUAUCAUAUGACUCACCCACUUAACGCGUACAGUUCAGCAGCUUUUAGUGUAUUCACCGAGUCGUGCAACCAUCACCACCAUCAAUUUUAGAACAUUUUCAUCACCCCAAAAAGAAAUCUGGUAUCCAUUAGCAGCCACUCUCUGUUUCCCAGCGGCCCCUGACAACCACUAAUCUACUUUCUGUCUCUAUGGAUUUGGCUCUUCUGGACAUUUCAUUUAAAUGGAAUCAUGCAGUAUGUGAUCUUUUGCGUCUGGCUUCUUUCACUUAGCGUAAGGUUUUCGAAGUUCAUCCAGGUUGUAGCCUAUAUCAGUGCUUCACAUCUUUUGAUUGCUGACUAAUAUUCCAUCGUAUGGAUAUACAAAGUGUAUUUAUCCAUUUGUCAACUGAUAGACAAGAUGAAUGAUGCUGCUAUAUGAACAACACUGUCAUGAGCAUUCACGUGCUGGUUUUUUUUCUUUUGCUUGGACAUGUGUUUUCAUUUCUCCUGGCUGUAUACCUAGGAGUGGAAUGGCUGGGUCAUAUGGUAACUCUGUAUCUAACGUUUUUGAAGACCUGCCAAACUGUUUUCUAAAGUAGCUGGACUGUUUUAAAUUCCCACCAGCAACGCGCAAAGGGUUCCAAUUUCUUCACAUCCUCGCCAACACUUGUUAUUGUCUGUCUUCUUGAUUAUAGUUAUCCCAGGGGGUGUGAGAAACUAUCUCAUUGUGGUUUUGAUCUGCAUCUCUCUACUCUCUAAGAUGUCAGGCAUGUUUUUAUGUGCUUAUUGGCCAUUUGUAUUUCUUCUUUGGAGAAAUGUCUGGUUUUAUUGAGGGUUGUUUUUUUUUGUUUUGUUUCCUUUUGUUUUUUUGUUUUAAUUCUGGUACCUCACCUCAGGAACGUGGCUAGCAGAACUUAGUUGGAAACAAAUAUAUCUUCCUAAAGGGGGGUAGUUUUCAAACAGACUUGCAAACUGAAGACGUUGUUUUUGCUGUGGAAGUAUUUGGGGAUUGUGGAAUAACUAAAUUGAUCUCAGAAACCAAUUUACUUCUGAAACUUUUCCAAUUUGAUUUGCAGUAAGAAUAUUGGUGGUCCCAGAACCAUACCUAGAAAAGGGCUUAGAGAUCAGCUUGUCCAAUUAAUUCAUUUUACAAAUUAGGAAACCGAAGGCCUAAUAUGUGAGUCACACCGGGAAUUAAUGGCAGAGUUGGAACUCUAUCCAGGUGGAAUCCAGGUAACCAAGUGUUCUAUUUACUUUAGAGAGAAUAUAAUGUACUUUUCAAACGGCUUCUCACUGAUUUGAAAAACAUGGCAAUGGUGAAAUGCUCUGAAAUGAGAAUCAGUAACAUUUAUUGUUGAGCACUUAACACAUUUCGUUUUACUUUAUUCUAAGUGUAGUAUAGGUUAGAUUGAUGUUAUCAUCCUCCCUUUUUAUGUGUGGGGAAAUGGGUUAAUGGACUUGUUCAAUGGCACCUAUCUAGUAAAUGGCAGAUCCAAAACCAGACCUUCUGAUUUCACGUCCAGAGUUCUCUGUGUUUCCUCUGGUCUGCCAGACUCCUGAAGGACAGCAUCAGUGCUCUGUGACCCAUGCCACCUUGGAAGACUUUGAUUUCUGAUCACUAAAUCAUUGAUGCAAGUAACAGAUGGGUGGCGUCAUGGAGCACUCCUUCACCAUCGUUAAUCUAGUUAGGUAACAAAUCCAAUGUUCGUAACUUCGGAAACACAAUACAUGUGCCAAAUGACAGAAGAAUUGUUCAGGUAUAAAAAUAUAAUACUUUAAAUUAUCUAUUAAUAUAAUAACAUGUUUGUAGAGUACUUUUCAGUUACAAAGCCUUCACUUAGACUUUUAUUUUGAUGCUUACAGUUAUGCAAGACAAGUUUUUCGUUGUCUUUGUUUUUAUUCAUGAUACACUGAUGCCUGAAGUGCUUCAGUUGCUGAAAGAUAAGGUCUGAGGCAGACCUACAUCUCCUAUCCGAGUGUCUUGGCUCCUGUGUAGUUCUGUGUUCCCUCCAAUGUACGAUGCUCCGCCUUAAUGAUGUGCUGAAGGACACUCAUUUGAAAGAAAAAGAGACUUUAUACCAUUAUUCCAGACAACAACAGAGCUGUGACUAAGUAGAAGUUAUAGGGAGGCAAUUUGGAGCCCAUAUAAAGAAGACUUGAUCCGUCCAACAAUGAAAUGUGUUGUCUUGUGAAGGAGUGAGGUCUCUUGUCAUUGAACUGUUCAAGCUAGAGCUGGAUGACCAUCUGGGAAAAUGCUCUAGAAAGGAUUUCUGCAUUGGUGUGUGUGUGUGUGUGUGUGUGUGUGUGUGUGUGUGUGUGUGUUAGUGGUACCAAGAGAAAUUAGAUGGCAUUGAAGGUCCCGUUCAACUAUGAGAUUGUGGAUCUUUUUUAGUUAAGAGAAUAAGCUGGCUUAAGGAUCUUCUGUAUCCUUAUUGAAGAAAGAGACUUUCACUCUCAUAAAUUUUCAUCUUGGGUGUUAAAGGUGCAGAGUUUUCUGUUUGAAAGAGAGAAACCAAAUUUAUUAACCUAAGUUGCUGGUUUCCAAGUGGGUAGAACAGCAGUUCCCGUCUACAUUUCUAGACACUAUGCACAACAAGGGUUCCAUAUUCAAGUAAGUUUGAAUGAGAGCCUUUAAUACACCAUUGUCCUCUGUGACAAUCCAAGAGGGAAGAGAAGGUAUACAGCAAUGUCAAAUGUAUUUUUUUCCUUUGCAAAGUACUUCAGUCGCACCCAGUGGUUCUCAGCUCUGGUUGCACCUGAGAACCACCUGCAGAACAUUUUAAAAAUACAGGUGCCCAGGCCCUACCCUGGACGGAAUGAAUGUGAAUCUCUAGGAGUGGGUUCCCAGCAUCAGUAUUUCUUAACAGCUCUCCAGGUGCUUCUUAUAUGGAACCACAGUUAAGAAGAACGAGUCUAGUCUGAGCAUGAGCUCAGGCAAAAUCCGGACAUUUACUUUUGUAAGUCAGGCCACCAUUUAGAAUUCAGAUUAUUAAUUCAGAGCCAGUGCUCGUAAGUAUGAUAAGAGGCAGUAUCUCAUAAUGAGUCACACUACUGCUCUUGAGACAGACAGCCUGGCUUUGUCCACUUACUAGUUUUAUGACUUCCAACAAGUUAUUUUAAUCUCUCUAUGCCUCGGGUUCUUUUUUUUUUUUUUUUAAUGUUUAUUUAUUUUGGAGAGAGAGAGAGAGAGGGAACGAGUUGGGGGAGGGGCAGAGAGUGGGGGAGACAGAGGAUCCAAAACAGGCCCUGCACUGACAGCACAGAGCCCGACCAUGGGACUCGAACUCACAAACCCCGAGACCGUGACCUGAGCCGAAGCCGGUGCUUAACCGACUGAGCCACCCAGGUGCCCCUUAAUCUCUCUGUGCCUCAGUUUCUUAAUGUGUAAGUGGAGAUUAUGAUGGUAUUUAUAAGCUAACAACUGAAGUAAAGACCCAAAAGAAAAUAAAAACUCUACAUAUUUGAUAUUGCAAUUAUUGUCAUCACCACUGUUGUGUUGUUAGUGGUAGUAGAAGCAGCAGCAAUGGUAGUCUGGCUAGGGCUGGGGGCUAAGUGACUACUGGGGAGAUGGUUCGCUGUGUACAGGGCUUCCGACAGGACUGGACCUUCCUUGUAAAUGAAGAACUCUGCUGCGACGUCAUCAGCGUCCUUCCUCAGACUCAGAACCUCCCAGUGAAGGACAAAGGGUCCCCAACGUACGGCGGUUCAACUUACAAAUUUCCAGUGUCACGGUGGCACGACAGCAGCACGCGUCUGGUAGAAACCAUACUUCAGCCUUUGAAUUUUGAUCUUUUCUCAGGCCGGUGACACAGCAUAGAGUACUCUCUCGUGUUGCUGGGCAGGGGCGGCUCCCAGUCAGCCACGCGAUCGUGAGGGUCAAAAUGGCUACACUUACGACCAUCCUGUCCCCAUACAACCAUUGUGUUCUUCACUUUCACUACAGUAGUCAAUAAAUCACAUGAGACAUUCAACAUAUUUAUUUUUUAUUAUAAAACAGGCUUUGUGUUCGAUGAUUUUAUACUCCAUAAGUCACAUGAGAUAUUCAGCAUAUUAUUUCUAUUUUAUUAUAAAAUAGGCAUCGUAUUACGUGAUUUUGUCCAACUGUAGGCUAAUGUCAGAGUUCUGAGCACAUUUAAGGUCAGUUAAGCUAAGUUACGUGGUUCAGUAGGUUAGGUGUGACAAAUGUUUUUUUGACUCGCAAUAUUUUCCACUUCCGAUAGGUUUAUUGGGACAUAACCCCAAUUGUAAGUCAGGGGAGAGCUGUAGAAUGUUCUGUGUGAAGUUUUCUGCAAGAAGCUAAGGCUUAAACCAGAUAAGCCCCUGCCGUUCUGUCCACCUCUUAAUUCUAUGUUAAGAAUGGACUCUGCCACCCCAGGGGCCUAGGCUGAAGGGUCAUGCUGAGUUUCUGUUGGAUAACCGGGACCUGCAUGCACUCUAUAUGACAGACUGACCUCCUGAAUCCUCAGGAUAAUCUCAAUUUCAAGCGGUCCGCCCUGCUGAAUGAUUGGAUCUGUGGUUCAGAAAGCGUGGUUGCUAUUGACUAGGAAGCAAUGGCUUGGUACACCAAUGUCCUGGACUAAUGGUGCAAAAAAGUAAACACAGUCUGAAUACAUGGGAUAGCCCCAGAAAACAGCUAAAGAACAGCACAAUCAGGCAUAGUUUCUAUUUAGUUUUCAAUUGAUGAAGGGAUCAUUUGAGGUAGCUCUAGUCACCAAGGGUAGAGUAACAAGAGUCCCUGACUCUCUGGGGGUUUAGGACAGGUAUGGACAUUACACGGAUAUUACAGGUUCUUUAGCACAUUUUCCAUCAAGGCAGCCUCCAAUUGCAAUUGUGGAAACUGGUGGAAUAUUCCUGGGAGGAGCUCCAAUGGAUUGUAAAGCUGAAUAACAUCUUUGUCUCAAGAACUUAUAUGAGAAACUGGUUUUUUUUCCCUUUUCUUCUACAAGCAUUUUGUGGCUCACCAUUGCAGACACUGCAUAUCUUUGUAUCCCACACAGGCCCCAUGUUAAUAGUUGUUUGCUAGUUGUGGUCAUUUAAUUGAAAAAAGCUGGCAUGGAGAUAUUAUAGGUCCCAAUAGGUCAUUUGUGUAUCAAGUUUGGUGUUAUUGCCUUUGACCAAACUCCUUCCAAGUCCAAAUUUAUUACAGUUCUCUAAAUGCAUUAAUAACAUAUAAGAGGAUAGACAGAGGGCUGAAGAAAAGAUGUGUGUGGCCUUUAGAUAUGCCAAUCGUCUACAGCUCUGAGGGUUGCUUGCCAUGGCCUGUUGCCAGGAGUGCAUUAUAGAAUUCCAGAUGGCAUGUGAUGUUGGUACUUGUUUUGCAUUUGCUCUGAGAAUGAGGUUAAAGAGGAAGCUAGACUAUGGCUGGGAUCCUCUUGCUUGCCUCUCCCAGAGUAGAUACUGGACACCUCCUUCCCUCCCACCAAUCAGAAGGCUGGCCCAGCCUCUCUUGAGGAUUGUGGAUUCAGCACGCUUGCUCUUUCCCCGUGAGUUCCCAUGCACCUAGUCACCCUGCCCCACAGAGACCAGUGAGACCGAACUCCUUCGUAUGACCUGUGCUCACCCUCCCACAGACCCCAGGGCUGGGGCAAGUAUGGGCCUGAAUUCCAAGACUCAAUAGAUAAGGGUUGUGUUUUUCAUCAGCUUGCCUGUCCUUUUUUUUUUAUUUUCUGCGAGAUUCUCUUUAAAACAAAAAACAAAACUUCUAUUGCAGGAAUUUACUCUCUCUCUCUCACAUAUGCACACACACACACACACACACACACACACACACACACAGAAAGCAAAUAGUGUCAUGAACUCCAUGUUCUCCAACACCCAGCUUUUACAAUUACCAACAGUUAGUCACUCUUGCUUUCUUUUCCCUUCCCUUUUUCUUUUCUGUUUUGCUAGAGUAUUUUUAAGCAAAUCCUAGAUAUCUGAUUUUACCUGUAAAUAUUUCCGUUUGUAGCUCUAGAGUAUAUAGCAUAACUUUUUAAAAACCUAACCACAAAUACCCUAUCACACCUCACAGAUUUAAUAAAAAUGUAAUAAUAAUAAUAAUAACCUGUCCAGGCUCAAUUUUCCCUAAUUGUUUCACAGAUGUCCCCAUACUGUUGGGCAAUUUAAGUCAGGGUUCAAAGAAGGUACACCUGUUGCAUUUGGCUGAUGCAUUUUUAAGUGUCCUUUAAUCUGUUAUAGAUCCUCCUCCAGUUUUCACUGUACUUAUUUGUUGAAGAAAAGCAGAUCAUUGUCGUGUAAAAAUGUUCACAUUAUGUAUCUGGCCUCUGCAUCUUCCUUGUGCUGUGCAGCAUGUUCCUCUCUUCUCCAUUGUUCCUGUAAAUUAGUCAUUAGUUUAAAAACUGAAUGAGAGGCAGGAUACCUAUGUGGCAUCACAUAAGGAGGCACAGAACAACUUGUGUUGAUGUCAGGAUUGAUCAGUGGGUUCAGGUAGGGUCAGCCUGAUUCGUCCAUUAUGAAAUUCUGUAUGGACCUGUUAACCUAAUGGUUUUACCCACCAUUGAUAUCACUGCAUACAUCCGUUAGGGGUUACAAGUGGUGAUUUUCAAUUCUAUCAUUCUUUCUGCAUUUAUUAGCUAUUUUUCUAUUUAGAAGAACUUACCAUUAUCAACUCUUUGGUUCUUCUGGAAUACAGUUCAUACAAGAAAAGCAUCAUAAAUGCUUCUUUCCAUUUAUCAAUGUUCAAAACGCUGAAUUCCACCAGUGAGGAAUUGUGGCCAGUGAGGCUUCUUUGUCACUGAAUAUUGCUAUAAACACUUGGGUUUUUAUCUUUUUUCAUAUGCAUAAGCCUCUUGUAGUAAGUGCUCUUUUUGAUGCUCAAAUGUCCCAUCUGUGAUCAAUAGGAGCCCCUUCUAGUUGCCUCGGGUCACCUUUUAAUAUAAUUACCCCCUAGGCUUUCUUCUCUAGCAGAAUAACAUACCCCGGGUUCCUGGCCCAGACAUGGAAUCAGCUGUUUCUACAAGGAAUCCUAGUUCCUUUCUGUGGGAAAUAGUAUGUAAAGACCAUGGUCUGGGCACUAGGGAUAGAUUUCCUCUUACAACGGUUCUGUGUGUAUUGGAAUGGUAACUUCACCUCCUGGUGAUGUCCUCGGCCCUGCUCUCUGUGGACCUCUGGUUCCACCUGGAUACUCCCGCCCCCAUCACUCAUACCAGCCAGCGCUCACCUGUCCUCCAAGUAGCCCCUACCUCCUCUCUCUACACUUUCACCUCUCCCUUCUAAGUUGGAUGCCUCGCUUGCCUCCAAGCUUCUGAACGCCAAUGUAGGGAAUACUUCCGUAACGCUGAAGAAUAGUGACACUCUUUUUUUAAGAGGCUAUUUUUAUUUAUUUUUUGGAGAGGGUUAACCUCCGUCGCUAUCCAAGUCUUUGGUAGACAAAUCCAGUCUAUUUCUUAACCCAGAACAAUAGUGUUUUGAAACACCAGGGAAAUAGCCCACCCACCAGAGCUGGGGAGGCUUUAGAAAACCAGCAGUCCCCUCAGGUGUGUGUAUUUUCCAGGGAAGCUUAGGUGGCUGCGUGUUGAAAUUUGUAACUAGAGUUGCCAGGUAAUGAAAAAGUGUUGAGGCAUUAGUUUCUCUUAACCGUUUCUAGGCCAUGUACCCAUCUGGACUUUCUAGAAAAAGGUGCAUACACACAAGAUUCGGUAGACAGUUUCAUUGGCUUCGAGGAAUUCAGAUUAUCUUGGAGUUAAAUUUGUUUUCACGGACUAGGUCCUGAUUUGCAUAGUCUUGUUGGAAGCGGUGGAGUUUGGAGGUCGGGUAGAAUCUGGACGAGAGGCACGUAGCUAGAGCCAAGGUGACAGCUUUAAAUCAUUCCAGCGAACGUUAUUCAUCCUUUGGUCUAGAGCUACUCCUCACGCUGGUCCGUGAACUAUCUGGUGUCAGCCUGGGACAUCUUAAGUGUCGAAACUGAGAGUAAGCAUUUAAAAACAUUCAUGGCAACGUGGUAUUUGCUACAACAUGUAAGCACGUGGUCGGUGGCCUUGUCUCCUCGACCAGGACACAAACCAUUUGGGACGCUGUCGAGCGCACUUGGUGAGUUGCACGAGGCAGGAGCUGCGUGGUGGCCGUGAGAGCAGGACCCCUUAUCAGUUCACGAUGGCUGGAAGCAAAACAUGGUCCUUCCAUCUCUGACGACGUAAGAGGCAACAGCAGGGAAACCCAGAAUACUUUCGCUCAGCUUACUGUCCCGUUGCUUUAGCCUGUGGCUCUGUUGGCACUUGCUUCGGAUUUGUGUCCACUGGCCACCUCUAUAAAGCUUACCUAGGACAGAGCUGAGCAAAACUGCUCUCCAAAGAGAGAAGGCACGUUCUUUCCCUAAUGAGAACCCUGUGGGGGGGGGGGGGGGAACUGCUGUAAUUCCUAAGAAGUUGGAGUUACCUACAUGAAGGAAGCGUGAUAGGAAAUAAAUCAUAAGCAGUCGGUAUUCACUGAACAGUCUCACAGAACAUGAGCUAAGCGGAGUAACGUUAAGUAGCUAGUCCUCACAGAAGUCAUGAGGCUUUCAGGAUGGCGUGUGUUUCAGGGUAUACAUUUCACUGUGAAUUAAUUUCGGUGUGAAUUAACAACUCAGUAACAAAUGGGGCCCAUUUUCAGGGCAGAAAAAUUCGAGUGGUCUCGCGUAUAGUACCCCUGAUGGUGGGAAGAACGUAAUUUAUUUAAUCUCCAGAAUGAGACGGCAUAAAUGAAAGGAUAGAAAAGAAAGGGUAGCAUAUUCCUUGCCCAGUUUUUUUCCUUCUCCCAAACCUUUCUAUCAUCUCUUUCUAUCUUCCCUGAGGAUCCGGGAUUAGUAAAACCCACUCUUUGAAGGAAUCCAAAAUCUUGUCUUUAGAAACUGGGCUCGUGAAACUUCACCUUUAGCUCUCGAGACUCCUGGCCUGAGAACAGACGGGCCUAGGGAGGACCCUGCCCUUCCCCACCCUCACCGUGGCUGGCACCUCGAGAGUCCCCUCCACACUCCCAGCAUGCCUUGGUCCACCCUGCAGCCUCCUUGACACCACGCGGUGCAUCUGUGACACAGGCUGCUGACAAGGCGGCUUGAACUGGAAGCCACCAGCUGUCUCAUUUACCAGAGAAAGGGAUUUUUACCUCAGGACAGGUCUCAGAUUCUAUGGAUGCAGACCCCACUUAAAGAGACAGAGUUCCUUCUUUAUUUUUCUUUUCCUUUCUUCCUUCUCCCCUUCCUUUCAGUUGAGGAGAAUUAGAAAUAUUAACUGAAGAAGAAAAAUUGAGACUCUCCCACACAACUGAUGAAAUGAGCAGGAGAUGGUAUAUGGACUUUUGCUACAAAGUGACAACUGGCUUCUAUUUAUCAAUGACUAUUAAGUGAACCAGAAGUUUCUGGAAGUAACUUUGUUUUUUAACAUCCCUUCUGAAUAGCACAGGAUGUCUGCUCUAUCUCCUUAUAAGAAAGACCCC